GCCUUGUUUAAGUUACGAAUCUUCUUCAAUAGCUUUGAAUUCAUUGUCGUUCUUUUGAUUCAAAACAAAAAAUCUGUUGAUUAAAUUAGAUCACCUUCUUUUGCAAUUAUCAAUGGGAAAUUUUACAUCGUGUCCCGUUUUGCCAAGUAUUAAGAAUUCCAAAGUAUCAAGAGUCCUUUUACCAGGAGGAGAAAUCAGACAAUUUCGCGAACGAGUAAAAGCAGCAGAAAUUAUGUUGGAAAACCCGAGUUAUUUCUUGGUGAAUGCAAGUACUAUGAGAAUUGGAAGACGAUUUUCGGCUUUAUCAGCUGACGAAGAACUAGAGUCUGGAAAUAUUUAUAUCAUGUUUCCGAUGAAGAGAGUCAAUUCAGUAGUUACUGCUGCUGAUAUGACGGUGAUUUUAUUGGCUGCUAAUUCUGCUGCCAAGAGAAUUACCGGUGGAAAUGUUAAAAUUUCACCGGAGAUGUCACCAGCGCCGGAAUCAACGCCGGAAAAUAACGCUGGCCACCGGAAUUCCGAAGGGUUUCCGAUGGGGCAAGAAAUGAAAUAUAGAUUAUCUUGUAGAUCGAGGAAGCCUUCAUUGGAGACAAUUAUGGAAGAACCAGUUUAUUCAAGAUGAGAAGUUUAAUUAAUUUUUAUUUUUUUUGGGUGAAAAAAAUUAGAAAGUUUUUAUUUAGAGAUGUUAUAGUUUUAUUUAGGGAUUUUUAGUGUGAAGAAAAAAAAAAGAUUAUAUAUGCACCUAUUUUUUAUUUGUUAAAAAAUUGUGUGCUAAAUUUUUGGAAGGGCUAUUCAAUGAUAUUGAAUCUGUGGACUAGUAUUUGAUUCUCUUA